AUGGUUUGCUUUAUUGACUCAUUUAUUGUGCAAGGCUUUCAACAGCCAGCUUUGGCGAUAUCUAUAAGUAAAGAGAUGAAAGCAGAAGAGUAUUCAUGGGCAGGAGGCCCUUCAAUUUCGCGACAUUCUCUCUUCGCCGCCACCUCCCUUUCUUCCCUCUCCUCCUCCGCUUCCCUUCCCUUUCUCCGAGGAAUCGCCUCCAAAACCACCUCCGCCACUCCCGUCUCUCAACAACAACAGAAGAAGAGCGUCUGGUUAAAGGAGCUGAAAGAAGCCGAAACCCUGGCUCAGAAGAUCGGAAAAUCUAUUAGGCACCCUGGCGCUCCUUCGAAGUCUAGGGUUUACGCCGAUGUCAACGUUAUUCGCCCAAAAGAAUAUUGGGACUACGAGACCCUCACUAUCCAAUGGGGCAGUGAACAGGAUGAUUAUGAGGUGGUGCGGAAAGUUGGGAGAGGGAAAUAUAGUGAGGUUUUUGAGGGGGUUCACUGCAACGAUAACGAGAAAUGCAUUAUCAAAAUUCUCAAACCAGUUAAGAAGAAGAAGAUUAAGAGGGAGACAAAAAUACUGCAGAAUCUUUGUGGAGGGCCAAAUAUUGUGAAGUUGCUGGAUAAAGUUAGGGAUCCACAAUCGAAGACUCCGAGUCUUAUAUUUGAAUAUGUGAAUAAUACUGAUUUUAAAGUGCUUUAUCCGACGCUGUCUGAUUACGAUAUUCGAUAUUAUAUCUAUGAACUUCUGAAGGCAAGUAAAUCAUUUACCUCCUGA